AUGGCUGAAAGCGUUCGCGUUGAGCUGGUUCAAAGCCUUCCAACCUCUGGUGCCCGGGCUGUAGCCUCGUUCUGCCUCCAAGGACAUCAAUACCUUGCAAUUCCGCAAUUGGCACAGGACAUACCCGGAGGCGAAGCGGGUAUGAACCUCGGGGAUAGCAAUGCUCCGCUGCUGAUUUAUCGAGCGGAUAGCAGGAGUGAUUUCCGUUUGUUUCAAGAAUUGCCUGUUCCCGGAGGCGAGGAUGCCGAGUUCUUCUCAAUCAACGACCGCUAUUUUUUGGCAACAGCCAGUUUACGUUCGGGAAAAGGCCCGUAUAACCUUGACGUCAAAUCUGUCAUAUUUGAGUGGAACGGAUUGUGUUUUGAGAAAUUUCAGGAGAUUCCCACAUUUGCUGCUAAACAGUGGCGAUACUUCAGCAUUGCUGGAAGACACUUUCUGGCGCUCGCCCAGGGAGUUGAGAUCCCUGGAGUUGUGGCCACAGUUCCCAGUGAUUCCACCAUCUUCGAGUGGGAUGGGUCAAUAUUCAAUGAGUUCCAGACUGUCCCAUCUAAAUGGGGCUACAACUGGCUCCAGUUUUCUGUUGAUCAACAGCAGUUUCUCGCUUACGCAGAUCACAUCGCGGGCUCCAUUCUUUUGAAAUGGGACGGUUCAUCAUUUGUUCACUUUCAAAAUUUUGAAGGCAUCCAUGGGCGAGCAUUCUGCUUUUUCAGCGAUGAAGACGGCACUGCCUAUCUCGCAUUUUCUCGAAUUUCCUCCGACAGUCUACUAUACCGCUGGAACGGGGAAUCUUUUGUGAACCAUCAAUGUCUAGAGGGAGCUGGAGGCAGGGAGUUCACCUUGGUAAGAACGGAGCAAAACUUGUAUUUGGUCCACGUCAAAUUCAUCAUAGGAGGUCGCAGUAAUCCCAACCCAGCUCUUGAUUCCGUGAUCUACCAGGUGGAAAAAGAUGGUCUAAAGGUCGUAUCCACUUUUCCAACUUUAGGAGCCACGGAUGUCAUGGCACUAUCGCGCAACGACCAACUAUACAUGGUUGUUACGGAGAGCCUCACAGCAGCACAGAGAUUCCGAACAGAUACUCAUAUCUAUCAUUUGGUCACAGGAAAUACCAGCCAUUCACGCCGUGAUAUCAUCAACAAGAAGGCUUCAUAUCAAUCUCCUGAAUUCCUCGAAUUGUUUACGGCCUAUACCGCGUCCAAUGUGAGUAUUGGUUCUCAAUUAACCACUACAAUGGCGCAACAAAUGUCGUCUUAUCCAUUGCUUGUUGCAACUAGCUUUGACAUACUGCUCUUCCCGGGGAACGGGAAACAGCCUGAAUAUUUAAAUUUCCGACUGGGUAACCGGGGAUUCAAGGAAUUGGCUGCCAUAUCCCAUUUAGGUCCAGCCUUGGGCUCGUUGGUACAGAUGCACGAGGCAGGAGCAGCACGCGAUUCUUGGCAGCCACAUGCUCGGAGGCUUCUUGAGAAAGUCAUCGCUGUACAGAAAAUAAACUCAGAAAGCCUGUGGCGCGACCUUAUCCAGGCUGAGUCUUACAAAGGUCGUGAAUCAUCGAUUUCGUCAAUGAUUGAUUACGCUUGUGCUAUCACUCGAAAGUACUUAGAACUUAUGCUGGAAGACCUAAAUGUACUUUCGGCGGAGUUCCUACGCGAAAAUUAUCUUGAAGCUGUAGGAGAUCGACUAAAUGCCACUGUCCCUUUCAAUGCCAUUAUGAUUGCCACUUUUUUCUUGGUUGGACUUGAUACGUCAUAUCGAAUAAGACAGUGGUUUGAGAAUUAUGAUUUGGAUUGGCAAAAUGGCAUGGUGCUUAUCACUGGUAGACAGGGGCGCGAGACAUCGGGAGUUACCAUCAGCACGAGCUCUGUGGCUCAGAUGAUCCUGCAGUCAUCGAAUUUGAAACUGCCUGUUGAACGCUUGUAUAUAGCGCCACAUGGGCCAGUCCCAGACAUCAAGGAUGCAACGGAUAUUCGUACUCUUCGUGAUUACGAACCGCGAUUCCGAAAAUUGUGGAGUGGGCUUUAUGGUAUGGGCCAGCUUGGACAGACUAUGUUCACAGCAUAUCCGGCCUUCAUGCCCAAGCAGGAUAGCAUGCCGGUAAUUGAUAGUUCUACUACAACUGUAUCCGAACUUCCUAAAAUAUCGAACCCAAACGAUUGGUUUUCUAUGAACACUCGAAUGCGUGUCGUGUUGGAAGAUCCCCGCCAGUUACUCUCAGGGUGUGUGGCCGAUUAUGCUGCCGAGCAGCUGCGCCUUUUUAGAUCAGACCUGUCCAAAGUCAUUGUACCUGGUCUGGACGGGGUUGAUUAUAGUUCAAAAUUGCCGAUCUAUAAAUUUUUGGUAAGAGAAAAAGCCUUCACCAUUUCGUCCUGUCCGUACCCUCUGGGAACAGACUUACCCGCCACAAUACGAACAAUAAAAGUGAACGGUGGAACACUAGCAUACCGGGAAAAUGGUCCAUCGAAUGGUCAAACUGUUAUUUGGAUCCACGGACUUCCAUUAGAUAGUCGAUCCUGGGCAGCUCAAUUUGAUUAUUUCUCGGACAAGUAUCAAAAUAUUUUUGUUGAUCUCCGCGGCUAUGGUUCAUCUUCAAAGCUCCCAUCAGGUAUUACGGAUAUUACUCAGCUAUAUUGCGACGACAUACUCGCACUAAUGAACCAUCUCAAUAUUUCUAGUGCGGCUAUGGUGGGAUUUGCGUCUGCAGGACAUGUAGCAUUGCGUUUUAGUGCUCAAAACCCUGGCAGGAUAAGCAAACUUGUUGUUCUCAACGGGAGCCCUCGGUUCAAACGCAAUGCCACCGACUAUACAUUUGGAUUUUCGGACACUCAAAUACAGGAUCAUUUCCUUGCUGCGGCUGAUUCUGGGGGUGUUGAGGCCUUAGCCGAUGCAAUACUUGAUCCAGUGGUCGUUUUUCAAGAUCUGAAUGCCUCAGACGCCGAGAAAGUAUCGUCUUGGUUUCGCGUAAUGUGCUACAACGCUGGGCUAGAUACGUUGCUUGGAUUUUUCAGAGGUAUAGUAAAUGACGAUGACCGGCAUUGGGUCCCUUUUAUUCGAGCACCUGUUUUGAUUCUUUCCUCAUCUCUAGGCAAGGAGGUUCCUGCUCAAACGGCCAUGUACCUGAGGCAACACAUCCAGAAAUCCAAGUUAGUCGAGAUUCCAGAUGCAGACCACUUCUUGCACAUAACUCGGCCUGUUAUUGUGAACCAGUUGAUUGGAGGUUUUCUAGCUUCUGCGUCUUCAUAA